AUGUCCGCCAAAGCGCCACUCAGACCAUCCACAGCCGACAGCGGGUUCAUCCUGCACCUGCCACCACUGGACAAUCCAUACACAAGCGACGAGUCGUAUCAACGGGUUCUGGCAUGGUAUCUUCCAAGGCAUGUCCUUGAGGUGGUCAAGCCUCGCCUCGUCAAAUUUGCGGAUGAGGCUGUCUCGGACGAAACCAACGAAUUGAUUGCUAAUGCCGAAACUCAGCAGCCGUAUGUCAAGUCAAGGAAUGUGUGGGGCGCCCGGUACCCAUAUGAUCGACUGGUGACGAGCCAUGGGUGGAAGGAACUGGGUAGAUGGGGAGCCAAGAAUGGUGUUAUAGCACUCGGCUACGAAGAAGAAUUCAAACAGUACAGGAGGAUAGUUCAGCAUGCAUUCAACUACACAUAUUCGGCAUCCUCAGCGGUAUAUUCUUGCCCGGUGUCGAUGACGAGCGGUGCAGCACGGUUGGUAUCCAAACAGCUUGCGUCCGUGCCAUCAGAACACCCCUUCCAUGAAAUAUAUCGCAUCCUCACUGCGCGAGAGAACAACUGGAUUUCGUCACAAUGGAUGACCGAGAGACCAGGUGGCAGUGAUGUGCAGAACUCGGAGACCGUUGCUGUAUACUCUCCUUUGCGCCAGAAGAGCGGGUCGCACGGGACGAUUGAGGAGGGAGACUAUCUCGUAUCAGGCUUCAAAUUCUUCUCAUCCGCAACGGACUGUAACAUGGCGCUUAUGUUGGCCAAGACUGGAUCUGGACAGCUCAGCCUUUUCAUCGCGCCCAGCAGAAAGAGUGUCGUUAUCGAUGGCAAGAAGCAGCAAGUUACGAACGGCAUCCGGAUACAUCGCCUGAAGAACAAGAUGGGGACCAAAGAACUGCCAACGGCCGAAGUCGAGUUGAAGGACGUGAGGGCAUGGCUUAUUGGCCCGCUCAAUCGCGGCAUAGCCACCAUUGCACUCCUUCUCAACGUCACCAGAACCCACAACUUCAUCACAGCCUUGUCGUGCUGGCGACGGGGCAUGGCCAUUGCAAAAUCAUUCGCAAAAGCCCGAAGCACCAUUGACCAGCCACUCUGGACAUUCCCGAUGCAUCUGCGACUUCUGGCAAAUUUGGAAGUGAAGCAUCGAGGGGCACUUCAACUUGCCUUCUUCACCACCUCACUCCUCAGUUUUGUUGACAACGGCUUCCCGGAUCGACAUGUCCAACGCAGCGGAUACGUACCUUUACCGGAAUCAGGGGAACAGACGGAAAUUAUCCUACGAACCUUGACUGCCACAGCAAAGGCCGUCAUUUGUAAGACGGCAACCCUGUCUUUGCAAGAAUGUCAAGAAGCAAUGGGUGGCGUGGGAUAUAUGGACGAGCCAGACGAGCCAGAAUACAACAUCUCCCGACUGAUGCGUGAUACGGCGGCCAACAUGACAUGGGAGGGUACCACGAACGUCUUGAGUAGCGAAGUCGUCAGGCACCUUCUGAACAAGGAUGGAAAACAUCUUCGUGCGUUUGGUGACUGGGUGAGAAAGGCGGCUUCACACGUCAAGGACACAGAAUUGAAGCGGGCGUUGGUUCGUGCUUGGGCGGAAUUCUCUCGAACGAUGGAGGACAAAUGUGGCGAUCUAAUGGCCGUGCUGGCUAUGGGACGGCAACUCAUGUUCACUCUAGCCUGGAUCGUGGCUGGAGUCCUCCUGGCGCUCGACGCUCAGCGAGAUGGGAAUGCCGUGGCCAUGGAGAUUGCACGAAGGUGGGUCCUGGAAGGGGAGGGAAACAUCGGCGAAUUCCAUCUGCCAAACGUCGUACGGGUUUCUGAGAGAGUCGUGUUCGUGGCGGAUAAGGAGAGGAUCAACUGGGACUGUCGACUGGUGUGGGGCGUUGAUCUGCCCAAGGAUGCUGCUAGGGGAUACCGAGCGCAGACGGCUGAUACGAUGCGGCCAAGAUUGUGA